GCUACGAUAUACGAAUUUAUUGUCCAUACGAUAUACGCCGUUAACGAAGUGAAUCCUUCUGCCUAGAUACUGCGCGAUGAGAGAAGGCGGAUUGGGAAGGUUGCAAAAGAAGAUGAGGGGGAGGUUUGGGGAUAUGUUGAGUCCGGAUGAUGCGUACUUGAGCUACCAUGAUAUUCGGUUGACGCGAGAGGACAUGCAAACGCUCAAGAAUGACUGGCUCACAGAUAAUGUUAUAUCUUUCUGGGAGGAAUACCUCGAACGCGAAUUCCUUGUCCAAUACAACACCUCCAACAUCGUCCUCCUGCGCCCCAGCAUGUCCUUCAUGAUCCUCCAGACUCCGAACCCCCUCUCGUUACGCGAAGCCCUCCCCGACUUCACCCACACAACGCACGUCUUCCUCCCCAUAAACGACUGCCGCAACGUCACCGAAGCCGAAGGCGGGACGCACUGGUCUCUACUCUUGAUUUCGAUCGUCGACGGCGUUGCAUUCCACUACGACUCGCUCCCACCGGGGAAUCACUGGGAAGCGAACACGGCGACAAGAAAGUUUAGUAUCCUCCUCAACCGGCCGUUUCAGUUCGUAGCUCUGCGCGACUCGCCGUUACAAGAGAAUGGGAGUGAUUGCGGGGUGUUUGUGUGUUUGAAUAUGCGGCAUUUGUUGCUGAAACGGUUAUUGCUGGCUAAUGCUAGUGAGAAGGUUAGCAUGAGUUUGGAUGGGAGGAAGGUUGAUGCGCGGGCUGGGAGGAAGGAGAUUGCGAAGAUAAUUGAGGGGUUCAGAAAGGAGGGGGAGAGGAGGCGGUCAUCAAGUCUCAGUCCUCUAGGAAAGAAAUCGCAAAGUCCGCCACGAAUCGAAUGACGAUACACAAUUCCUUUUUAUACGGCGUACACGGAUAGGAGUAUGGAAUAUAACAGAAAAUGCAUCACUCGCCCGGUUGUCUUUCUGUCUGUUUUUGUUGCAUUGAAUGAUUGUUACAUGAUUGAUGCGAAAUGCGAAAUGCGAAAUGCGAAAUGCGAAAUGCGAAGGCUAUGCUUGCGUUUAAUGAGGGAGGGAUGGUUAUGCUUGCAUUGUUGCAUCGUAUUGGAGGUUAUCUAUAUUUUAUUGAUAAAUGU